GACCCCUCUGAGCCCCACCCCCCUGUCCUGUGCAAGGACGACCUUUACCAAUUCAUAAUUAAGUCAACCCAUCAACCGAAAACCUCAGUCCACAAUGGCCGUGAACGCCAGUCAACUGUCUCUCCCUCAGCUAGACAACGUCAAGACACAAUUGGAAGAGGAAGUGCAAUUGAUUCAGUCGUCCAUGCAACAGCUGAAAACGGUUCAACGAAAACUGAAAGAUUCUCAAGAUUCACUGGAGACAAUCACACCCGAAAAUGAAGGAAAGACAAUUUUGGUGCCUCUGACUAACUCAAUGUACGUGCCGGGAAAGCUAAAGAACUGUGAUAAAGUAAUUGUGGAUGUUGGAACUGGCUACUAUGUGGAAAAAGGCACAAAGGAAGCUAGUCAGUUCUUUCAGAGGAAAAUUGAUUAUGUUACUAAGAACCUGGAAAAAAUGCAAGGAGUGCUGAUAGAAAAGAUGAAAAUGCGAGAAAGCAUUGUAAGUGUGAUGCAGAUGAAAAUAGCUGGUAUGGAACAAACACAGACUGUUGCUAAGUAACACUUGUUAGAUUUAAUCACUGCUGUUUCAAUGUGUGCACAUUUCUUACGAUGUGUUGUUGUUUUUUCAAUGAGUGUUGUGAAAAGCCAUGUACCACUUUUA